AUGUCACGUUCAAAUCACCAUUAUUUUUUAUUAUUAUUAUUAUUAGUUGUUUGUUUAGGAACAAGAGUUAGUUUAGCAAGUGAAGCAAUUUCUAUAGAGGAAAAGGCUUCAUGUAGUGAUACGAAUAUUCUCAAGUUUACAACAGCUCUAACAGGUGUAUGCUACAAAGUAGUCAACCUCAAUGCAUCGGCAAUCGAAUACUACUACGACUAUGCGUAUUCUGGAAAUGUCGUUCGUCAAAGGACAUUUAGUGACUCGGCUUGUGUCAAUGGUGUGAUUAUGCCUGACACCUUUUUCAACAAUUCCGGUGCUAUCACUGGUUACGAUGUCUUUCAAUCCACGGUAAACACAUGUACCGAUGGUGUAACUGUCAAGGUUUUCCCUUCGACAUCUGACUGGAUCACAUUCCCUAGAACUGGCUACUACUUUUACGAGAUUAGUCCAAUUGCGUCGUGUCCCAAUUUCGAUACAACCAACCGACAAACCUACAUCUACCCAGGAUCAUGUGUACGAUCUGAUUUGAUGGUAAAGAAUAGCUUUUCAAUCAACAAUGCUGGCAUUUCUGCAGGUGUUAAUUGCUCAACCUUUUCCAUGCCAAUGACAAAGGUAGCAUCCACUUGCUCAACCACUCAUAUUUCGCUCAAGAUCACAACACCAGUCACCGAUUUUAAUCCAGUUGUUUCAAUGUCCUAUGCUCUGCCAGCUGGAUCAUUGUCAUAUCUUUCAGUCAGAGUGUCGUCGUCAAUGUGGGAUUUGAUCAGUCCCAAGUACCAAGUUGCCCUUUUAGAUGCCAACAAUGUGACCUUUGGUUCAUGUAGUUUUGACGUUAUCCCAACCAUACAACCAUCAUGUCUUGUUGCCUACACCACCAACAUGUAUCCAACUAGAAUAUGGGUUCGUACACUAGUAAGAGCGUUUGCAGCUAGUCCUGCCGAGAUUGAAAUGCCAGUAUUAUCAGUCACCGUUUUAAACGAGACUUUUACAUCAUCCAACUUUAGAUUCCAAGUCACUUCAUUACCAGCAGUAUCAACUACCACCUAUCUCUUUAAUAACCAACAAUUCACAUGUCCAAACUUCCCAUGUACAACACCAAAUCUAAACCCAACUGCUUCAGGUGCACCUUUUAAUUUAACAGUCUACAGCACGUUGAAUGGUAUCUUGUCCAAACCCUUUUACUUUAUUUACAAUCUUGCUCCAACCAUUGUAAUGAAUAAUAUUUUGCCAGUCUCCAUCUCGUCCAACUAUCUCGCACUCAAGGCAUCAUUCAACGGUGGUAACAACUACACGGCCAGUCUCAAAGUAUACUACCAAAACACGUCAAUGCCAACCGAGCUACUUGCAUGUGACCAACCCAAUGGAGCACUAAACUAUAUUUGUAACUUUACAGUUAACCCUGCAACAUAUUAUCGUGUUCGUAUGGUCAUCGAUGAUAACUUUAGUUCAAGUACAUUUAGAAAAUUAUUUUUUUCUUUAAGUCCAUCAACAUAUCUUGAUGUAAUUUCAAGUUCACCAAGUGAUAUUGUAUUACAAGCACUUUAUCCAUUGACAGGAACUCUUCCACUCACUGUAACUUACUUGUUGGGUGGUCUGGCACAAUGUACAUUGGUUCUUUUUGGAGCUCAAUGUAAUAUGUUUGCCUUGACAUUGGCAUCGUCAUAUAAUAUCCAAGUAUCUUAUCUUGGUGCGGGGGGUCUUUUACUUGGUAAUUCUGACACUAUCCCUGUCAGAACACAAGAUUGGAUAACACCAAAUGUUACAUUGUCAUCGUACAAUUCCAUAACCCUUACCAUUAGUUAUGAAUCGCUAAAUAUUCUCCCAGUCAACUAUACAGUCUAUGUUAAUGAUGUUGCUCAAUGUGCUCAAACCUCUCCACUCGUUUCAAUUGUAACAUGUACAUCUCAAGUACCCUAUAUAGGAUUCCAUUUGGUAUCUCUUGGUUCUCAAUCCAAUAGAUUCUCAUUAAAUACAACUCUUUCCUAUUUUGCAAAUUUUGUUCCAUCAAUAUCAGCCAAUUGGUUUAAAGGAUAUACAUUAUUUACAAUGACACCAUCACAAAAUUCACAAUCAUUAUUAAAGUAUGCAUUGGCAUUUGGAACACCAACUCAAUUUGGAAAUACCAAUAUAUUUAAUUUAACCACUACACUUGGACAAACAUAUAAUUAUUGUGGAGCAAUCACUCAAAUCAAUGUUCCAUCGGCCGUCUCUAAAUCAAUCUGUAAUACAUUCACACCAACCGCUCUCUUAGCAUCACUUGUGAUUUCAAGUUUGUCAUCCAGCAUUGCCAUCCUUAGUUCUGCGUCAACUGGAGGUAGUCCAUUCGACCCAACCAAAUUCUACUUUUCGCUCAAUGGUAGCCCUACAUCUUGUUGGGGUGGUUCCAGCCCAUCUUGUACCAUCUCUAGUUUGACUGCCAAUACAUCCUACACUGUAUUACUUUCAACCUAUAAUAAUGAUCAAACCACUACAAAUUCAAUUCAAUUUGAAACAUCUCCAAAAUCAUUCCAAGUUGUACCAUCAAUUCAAAUUUAUGCAACUGGGUUUUAUGUAGAUGCAGUUACAGUUCCACUACUUUCAACUCAAUUAAACCCAACUGUUUUGUUGAAUGGUACUGUAGUUUGUAGUAUACUGCCAUGUUCUAUUAGAGGUCUAGUUGCUCAAUCAGCCUAUACUGUAAAGGUUAUUGUUUACUCGGUAAUUGAUAAUACCUACCAAGAAUCGGUUGUACCUGUUACCACUGCACUACCAUUAAAGGCAUCGAUUGGUGCCAAUGAAUACAACCCUACAACACAAACAUUUAGAGUUAAUGUAUUGUCAGUGUCUCAGGGUAACCCUACAUCGACCAAAACCUAUCAAUACGACUUUAAUGGUGUAGGAUGUGGAGGUGCUAUGAUAUCUUGUGAUAUUCCAGCUACGCCAUCACUCGUCAUCGGUGGAACAGUAACAAUAUCGGAUACAUUUGAUACUGUUGCCAUUCAAUUGAUGGUAUCAACGUACGUCGGGUUGACAGUACAAUUAAAAUAUUUGGCACUUAGUAAAACCAUUUAUUUCAGUGCUGUACCUUCACAAGUUGUUAGUGAAGCCACGCCAGUAUUUUCAAUCACUCCAAGUGCCCCUGUACAAAUAUCAAAUAAUCCAUCGUUUGAUUAUAUGAUCCCAACCACUCAAAGUACAAGUUAUAAUAUUGUUGCCAAGUACACUUAUCCACCAUCGGCCCCCAACACCAUUGUAUUUGCAACAGACAUGAAAUCCAUUACAACCUUUGGAUCCAUCUAUUUGCCAACCAUCAAUCCAAUCAAAUUAGUUUCAAUGACCGAUCAAUCAAUGGUGGUUGAAUACGGUGUGUUGGGUGGUGCACCAAGUACCACUACACUCUACAGUGUCAAAUCAAACGGAGCUGAUGUUUCAGCUUGUCAAAAUACUCCUUCCACUCAAUGUACAAUCCCAAUGAUUGGUAUUGGUUUCUAUAUCAUCUCUAUUCAAGCAUCAAAUGAAAUCACUUUAAAUUAUGAUAAUACUCAAUCUCCAUUAAAUAAUAUUCAAUUGACAACAACAAUAUCAUAUGUAACAUCAACAAGUAUACAAUUAAAGUAUACAAGUAAUUAUGUAUUUUCACAAUACCAAGCUUUGAUUGGGUCAUCAGUGUAUGCACAAUGUCAACUUGAUGGAGUAUGUGUUGUGAGUGGUCUAGUUAGAAAUACCACAUACAAUAAUAUUGUGAUUCAAGGUACGGACAGUACCACCUCUUAUACUUUAAAGUCUGCUCCAUUGACUGCCACCACUAGUUAUCCAUUUGAAAUGACCAAGAUAUUUUUAAUUGAAUCUACACCAACCACAGCUACCAUUGCCUAUGGAUUGGCUGAUCGUGGUACACUACCAGUUAUCUAUACAAUCCUUGUCAACGGUAUCUUUAUCCAAAAUACAACACUCCCCAUUACCACUCUCAAUACUCUAGGUCAAGCUAUCAAUGUAAUGGUUACUGCUACUUAUUAUGAAGAUCAAGCAUCAUCUUCAAGAAUCAUUAACCCACCUCCUCAAACAAUUGAUGGAAUUAAUUUAAAUUUAAUUAAAGUUGAUAUUACAAGUGUGACAUUUAAUUUUACAACCAAUGUACCAUUAUAUGAUGUUCAAUAUACAGUUAAAUUGAAUGGUGUUGUCAUGCCUGGUUGUUUGAUUGGUAGUGUUUGUAGUGCCAGUGGAUUAAAGGAAGCUAGUACCAAUACUAUAUUGGUUAGUGGAACUUAUAAUAAUGGCCAAUGGGCUCCCAUUAGACAAACUACCUUUACCACCUUUUCCAAACUCAAAUCAGUAUCAAUUGUUAAUAAUAUUACAACUGAUACCAUUAACAACUUUGUCAUUGUAAAUGUUGAUUCGGUUGGAGGUGAUCCUCAAAACACUCAAUUCACCAUUUACAAUGGUCUCACCAAAUUAGUGCCAGCUACCAGCUCUAGACAAAUCUCAAUUCCAUUGGUUAAAUUAUACCCAUGGUAUCAACUUCGUGUCAUUGCAAAUUAUUCAACUUCAUCUGUUAUUUCCCCAUAUUUAAAUUAUGUUGCUUUAUCUUUUGAAAUGACAACAACUGUAACAUCAAAUAGUGUACAAGUAUCAGUUACACCAUCAUAUUUAUUAGAUGUUGGGGUAUGGACACCUUAUAUUUUUGUAGGUAAUUUUGGAUGUACUGGAUUAAAUUGUAAUAUUCCAAAUUUAAAUCCAUCGACUGAUUAUUUGGCAACAUUUACGGCAACACAAUCACUUGGAAAGAUAUCACAGAGUCUGGGAUUCAAGACUAAUGAUAUAUUCCAGAUUGCUGCUAUCAACUUGUUGGAUUAUUCCGUUGAUUGGUUACAAGUUGGGUAUCCUGCAACUGGAGGAAACACUCAGACACCAUUAACCUAUUCAGUACUUUUGAAUGGUCAACCUAGAGCCGAAUGUGGUUCUACUCAAAGUUUUUGUAAUAUUACUGGUUUGACACAGGGUAUUGAAUAUACUGUCAAGAUUACAGCUACUCGUGUAGCUCAAGAGGUUGUUACAUUGUCUCGUAUCAUUACUCUUCCAAGUGGUGCUGAUUUAACUAUUAGUGUAACCUCGCUGACUACUUCAACUGCAACCAUUGUAUAUCCAUUACGUGGUGUAUUGACAGAGUCAAUUCCAAUUACUUAUAGUGCCACUUUGAAUGGGUCUGCUUUGUCCUGUGUAGGUGACUCUUGUCAAUUGACCUCUCUUGUUCCAGGUCAGACAUACUCGUUUGGUGUGACUGCCAAGUAUCUAAACGACAAGUUUAUAUCAAGUCAAACUGUAUUUACAACAUACCCAGCUAUCAAUGCUCCACAAAUAAGUAUUGUCCAGUUGACUACAACUGUCAUUAUUGUCAAUAUUACAGUCGCUGGAGGUGUCCCAACUUCUCAAACAAUACAACAACUUUUGAUUAAUGGUAUCAAUCCAACCCAACAAUGUACAUCUGGGUUGUGUGUAUUCAGCGGUCUUGUACCAGCCACAACAUACAUCUUUAAGGCAAUCGCAACCAAUGACGCUAUCACCAAAGAGACGACUGUCGCAGUUACAACCUACCCCAUCAUUUCAAUUGCCAAUUUUGAACCAUACCAACGUAAUGCUACUGGUAUCUAUGUUGAUCUGACAACCAACGGUGGUGUUCCAGGCCAAAGUAUUUGGACUGUUACAGUUGACUCUACAGUCCUCUGUAGUAGCGCCAACUCUGGGUCACCCUCUGCAUGCUACCUACCCAUCACGAAUCUAUCAACCUACCAAUUCCGUUUGGAUCUAUCUAAUGACGGUACAUCACUUAACCGCGAGGUGCUAUUCCGCGCAUACCCCAUCCCCGACGGCGUCAUUAUUGCCAGUCUGACCAACACCACCCAACAAAGCAUCGCCUUUUCCUGGUCGGCCAGUGUCAAUGGAGGUGUUCCCCUCGCAACCUACUAUGAAGCCCAACUCUCCUUCGACAACAAGACAUGGGGUCCUGCCUGUGUCUCCUCGGUUACUUCUUGCACCGUCAACAAGUUGUUGGACAACACAGCCUACAAUGUGCGUAUCGCAGUGCGUAACAACCGAUUCGAUCCCAUCAUCUCACCUGCCAUAGUCCUUGUCACACAGACUGAAGGUCCUGUCACGUGUUCUCUACCGUGUCUUAAUGGUGGUAGCUGUCAGAGCGGCUACUGUCUCUGUCUCAAGGGGUUCGACGGUCCUCAAUGCGAGUUUGGUGGCAACUCUACCACAGGUCAACCAAAUACACCUGAAAUGUCAAAGGUAGAGAUCAACCCAAACAACACUGCUGUGUCAUUGUUGAACAAGUAUGUCACACUUUCAUUCUCGAUGCAAUCGAUUGCAGAGGUCGAUCCAGAGGGAGUAUUGAUCGACGAGAUUGACUUGACAACCACUCAAUGGCAACUAGUACUAAACAACGAGACUACAGUCACUCAUCCAACCACGCAAGAACAACUAACUGAACUAUUAUUUGGAUAUGUGUCUGCACCGGAUGGAUUGGUCUCUGUCAACUUUACACAAUACAUUCCACCAAAAGAUUCAUCGGCUGUAUUGACAGCCGACUCUUAUCCAGUAACAUUUGCAGGUGAAACCAUCAAUGUUAAAUUGGGAUCACUAAAGUAUAGUGUAGGAGUUAGAGGAUGGCAAUUUAACUCGACUGAAAACUCUCUAUACCUAUCAACAUUGGUUGGUGAUAUUGGAAAUGACACUCAAGUCACUUUUAAUAAUGGAUCGGUCAUGUCGACACUUGUGAUGGUUGAUUCAGUUGGUAACCAGGUAUACGGACGUUUAAUUAAUCGUGUACUUGUUGAUAACUUCCCAAUGCGUGUAUCUCAUCUAGUCAAACAGUCCAACCAAGGUAGCGGUACUAUUGUAACAACCAUCAUUCCAUCGUUUAUCGAAUCAUUCAUCUAUGACCCCGAUAUUUCAGUUCUGGUCUAUGACAAGUCUGAAACCAAAUCAGAUCCAAUCGACGAGAAGAGUUGGACUGCUGUCAUCAUCGGUGUUACAGUCGGUGUUGUUUGUGCAGCUCUCAUAGCAGGUGCUGUUAUCUUUUACUUAAAGAAAAACAAAUACCAAUUAAAAUCGAUUAAAAGAAAGUUUAAAAGAUCAAUCUCUUUAAAAGAAUGGUCAAAACAUAGAUAG